AUGGACAAGACGUGCGACUUGUUGGCAAGCUUUGAUUUGUUUAAUGAAGCAGCUUUGGCAACUAAGAUGUCAGCUAUAGCAUUGAACCAGUCACGAAACGAGAAGACCGAUGUUGACGAAGAAGAGGUUUUUGAUCACAAACUGAAGAAGCUGAAGAUAUUCGAAGGUAAUCCAACACUGGACACGUCUUUUAUCAAAGUUAGAGAGCAUUUGAACGAUUUUCAUUAUCAUAUUGUGAAUUCUGGAGCGUUUGAUGGCGUAAAACCUGAAGUCUUGGAAAGAAUGGCGUUCAAUGUGAUGAAGAUGAGCAGACAGAGCUAUAUUUACAAUGUAGGUGUUUUUGAGUUAGUUGUUGGGGUUUGGUUAUGAUUUAGCGAUAGUUUUUUGUGGUUUUGGUUGAAUAGUGGCUUUGGUAGAUUUUAGGUAACAAAUUUUGGAUAAACUUUUGUCACCUAAAAUGUUUUGAAUUGUGAUUUUUUUUAAAAUAGCUUUUUUGGAUAACAUAUGAACAUUUACAUGAGUUCUUAGCGCUUUUGUGUAAAUGGUAUUCAGAAAUGCAUUAUUUUAGGUAACAAAUAUUGGGUUUGUGGAAAUUUUAUUUUUUUACAGAUUUAAUGUAAAGAAAACUAUAAUAUAAGUUAAAAAAUGUUAGUUUACCGACUUUUGUAAUGUUUUUCUUUUGUAAAAUCUUACUUUAGUGUAUAUCAAAUGUGUAUCAAACCGAAUUUCACGACGAGUCUCGAUACCGAAACAUAUAUGACGUGAGGAAUGUGUUUAGUGUUUCAUUUUGUAAAACCGACUAUGGAUACGACAAGACGAUAUUCAAAAGUGACAGUUUAGAACAAAGGUAAGGUCGUUUUUGGUGUAAAAUAGGUAACAAAAAAGUUUUUCCUUGGUUUUUAACUGAUAUUAUCUCUUAAAAAUAAUGUUUUUGUAUUUGAAUAAUGAAGCUAUUCUUAUAUUACAUUAUUUUAUAGUAUUGAAGUUGUUUAGGACCCUCUUAUGGCUACCAUUGAACGGAGAUCAACUAGUCCAGUAUUUGACAGAAGGUAUCUACAAGAAUGGUGGAAUCCAUGUGUUCCAUGACGACUUCUUUGGUGAUGGGUUAUAUUGUUCAGAGAUGUUGUAUGAUUCUGUCAAUUUAUGGUCUCGUAGGAAGUUGUCUAACGCUGUAAGUGUUAUUAAGGUUGUUAAAUAAGUUUUGUCGUCUUUGGUAGGCUGAAAAUUGUUCAUUUUGUUGGAUGCACUAGUCAUAUAAAUGAAUGCGGAUAUUAGUCAAAACCACGAUUUAGAUAUAUUGUGUACUAGUCGCUGUAGUUAUGAAGAACUGUGCGCAAACAGCUGAUAUGUAUGUUCCAAGGUGGCCGUCUGACAACUCUUUUCCAGACGACUGUGAUUCUGUCAGGAUACAAGGCUUCUACAGAUCACGAGAAGCUCGUAAGGUGUAAGUUACUUUUAUAGUUUAUUAGUUGUGUGAGUUACUAUAAAGUAGCGUAAGUUAUUAUAAUAAGAAUAAUACAUAAGUUACUAUAAUAUUUACUGUAAGUUAACUUAGUUUUGUUAAAUUACAUCUGCUAAAUUUAAACUCGUGUCAUUCCAGAAAAAUCGACAAUCAACAAUGGGUAAUUCGGAUUGGAGAACCUACUCAAUACGAAAAUGGUCUCUACAUGAAUACCUGCUACAAGAUCAAGUCGCCAGCUCAGAUGAGAGCAGCGUAUAUUGUCGAACUUCAACCCAACAACCUUAAACAUAUUGUCAGAGAAGUUAAGCCUAAAGUCGAUUUAAGCCCGGAGGAAGAGGUUAAGAGGGUCUGCGACGUUUUCCAAAUACCUCAAAUAGAUUUUGCACAAAUUAACAAAAACAAGAAUGAGCUAGGACCGAAGGUAUCAAGCGGUACUCGUGGAUGA